GCCACUGCGCCACGGGGAAAGCUGUUCGCCAUGGCCUUCGUCUCCAUCUCCCACCUCGGGCCCUGAACACUAUCGGCUACCCUAGCCCCCAUCCCCUCCAUGCGAGGGCGGCGAUGGCGCCUGCCUCCGUCGCCGUCUCCCUCUCCUUCCGCCUCGUGCCUCCCCGAACCUGCCGCGGGAGCGGGAGGACGAGGCGGCUCCGGCCAAUUAGGGCUUCGAGCGACGGUAAUGGCGUUGCGAACGGGGACCGGAGAGUCGCGGCCCUGGAGAAGAGGGUGGAAGAUCUGAGGGCUGUCGUCGCCUCGGUGCCCCCUGCUGUUGCUGCGAUCAGACAAAACAUUGGACUAAAUUUUAUUGCUGGAUUCUGUCUCGGCAUCACAUUGUUGGCUGCUGUUGCAAGACAGGUCAUCAUUAGGAUUCAUGAGCGUGACAAUAAAGGUUCUGUUGCUGACCUAAUAAGGCGUGGACAAUUAAAAUCAGGACAACGUGGGAUGGCAAAACUCCGAGUGUACGAUGAUCCUUUCAAUAAUCCAUUAGUUAAGAUUGAUGAGGGUGCUUCUACUGCUCAAAUGUUUGGCAAGGAGUACCGGCUGGCUCCUGUUAGGCUUACAAAAGAAGAACAAGCAAUGCAUCAGAAAAGGAGAUCACGCACAUAUCAGUGGAAAAGGCCCACUGUUUUUCUUAAAGAAGGAGAUUCCUUACCACCAGAUGUUGAUCCAGACACAGUUAGAUGGAUUCCAGUAAACCACCCAUUUGCUGCUGCUUCAAGUGAAGUAGAUGAGGAGACUGCUAAACAAAAUGUUUAUCAAAAGGAUGGCGUCCCAUCCCGUGUCAAAGCUGAGCAUGAAGCUUUGCAGACAAGGCUAGAGGCUUCAAACGAUGUUAACAAAUUCUCAUCUAGCCAAAGGAAUAUGCAGCGUAGUGACAGACAAUUAAGAUUAUCAAGCGAGUCAUCUGGGAAUCUGCAAAACUCGUUAUCUGGCACAGAGAAGAACCAAAAUGGUCAACCUACCUUGGAGUCUGAGAAGCAUAGCACUGACGGCAAUUCACGAUCAAAAAAUCUGGAGGAACAAUAAAUUUGUGAAUGGUGUCAUCUCCGUAGCACAUGCUCGAACAGCUUUGUUGUGUAGUGUACUGAUGGCUGAGGUUUUAGCUGUAGAUAGAAGAAUUUUGGAAGAAUAGGUUUACGUCGUGACUUGAUAAGCAUGAGCAGCCGUAUGCCGGUCUGGGCCCACGGGGCGUUGCUACGAAAUGUAUUUCACAUGUAUAUGGAUAUUUUCU